CAGGGGAAAGGGAUGGAGAAUGGCAAUCAUACUGGAGUGUCCACGUUCAUCCUUCUAGGAUUCAAAGGCAGUCGAUCGCUGCAAGCUGUCCUCUUUGGGAUGUUUUUGCUUAUCUACAGUAUGAGCCUAGCGGGGAAUCUCAGCAUGAUCUCUUUGAUCAGGAUCGAGACGCGGCUACACACCCCCAUGUAUUUUUUCCUCAGCAACUUGUCCCUUGUAGACCUCACUUACUCUUCCAUUAUUGCCCCUAAGGCACUGGUGAACUUCUUAGCAGAGAGUAAAGUCAUUUCCUUUGCUGGGUGUGCCACGCAAUUUUUUUUCCACUCCUUCUCUGUGAACUCUGAGGGUUUACUUCUGGCUGUGAUGGCAUAUGAUCGCUUCAUAGCUAUAUGCAAGCCGCUGAUGUACACACUCAUUAUGUCCAGGAAAGUCUGUGUCCAGUUGGUAGUGGCAUCAUACAUUUAUGCCUCCAUUAAUGCCAUUGUGCACACAGGCUCUUUGUUCAGCCUGUCCUUCUGUGGCCCCAAUAUCAUUGAUCACUUUUUCUGUGACAUCCCCCCACUCCAGAAACUCUCCUGCUCUGACACUCGUGUGGGUGACACAGUGCAUUUCCUCUUUGCUGCUGUAGCUGCACUAAGUACUAUCCUGGUCAUCCUCAUUUCCUAUGUUUCUAUCAUGGUGGCCAUCUUGCGGAUCCGCUCCAAUGAGGGCAGACGCAAAGCCUUCUCCACCUGCACCUCCCACCUGAUGGCUGUGUCCAUACUGUAUGGGGCUCUGUUCUUUAUGUACUUACGACCCACAUCCAGCAACUCAUCAGAGUACGACAAAGUGGUGUCCAUGUUCUAUACCCUUGUGAUUCCCAUGUUGAACCCCCUGAUCUACAGCCUGAGGAACAAGGAGGUGAAAGACGCCUUGAGGAAGACAAUAUACCAGAAAAUUAUUCCUCACUGA